GGAGCGCGCCGCAGGCAGGCAGGCAGGCAGGCAGGCAGGGAGGCCGGCGGCGGAGGGAUCCCGGCGAGCGGUGCUGCGGCCGGGCCGGGUGAAUGGGAUUGAAGAAGAGUUCAGCUUCUCGGCUUGUUUUUGUGUCACAGUUUCUCUCCUCCUGCGCCUCUCCGGCUUCGUGCCUCCCUCCCCGCCCGCCCCCUCCUCCCCGCCGCAGGAGGAGCCCCCCGCGGAGAGGGGGAAGGAAAAGGACCCCACAGAGGCGAGAGCGAGCGAAGAGGAGGAGGAGGAGGAGAAGGGAGCAACCUACCAUCUUCCACUCCCCGCUUAGCUUAAAGAAAGUGAGAGGAGGAGAGAGAGAGAGGCGCCCAGAAGAGGGGGACAGGGAGGCCCGGAGGAGCGGCGGCGCCGGCACCCUCCCCCUAUGAAGAAGAGUCCUCCCCCUCACAGAGAGGUCCUGCCAGGGGGACCCCGGCCGGCCCGCAGCAGCACCGCCGCCGCCAGCAGGCGCCGGGAAAAUUCCGUUUCUUCUGCAACUUGUUAUUCUGGAGCCGGGCCUGCCCCCCUCGCCCUGGGGCUGCCCUUCCCGCACAGGAGGAGGUAGAGAGCUGAAGGGAAUAACUUUCUCAAAACUGCACUGGUGUUAAAGAGGAAACCAGAAACUAAAGGCACUAGAAUCAGCAAAGACACCUCUAGAGAAAGUGGAGAAGGUAGAGAAUGGAGCUGCAGACUCUACAGGAGGCUCUGAAAGUGGAAAUUCAGGUUCACCAGAAAUUGGUUGCCCAAAUGAAGCAAGAUCCACAGAUAUUUUUUCUUUCUAAUCAGAACGCUGAUUUGAAGAAACAGCUUCAUGAACUUCAAGCCAAAAUCACAGCUCUGAGUGAGAAACAGAAAAGAGUGGUGGAACAGCUUCGAAAGAAUUUGAUAGUGAAGCAGGAACAGCCAGACAGUAAGUUUCAAAUACAGCCGUUGGCACAGUCAGAAAACAAACUACAGACACCACAGCCGCAACCACUACAACAGCUACAGCAACAUCACCAUCAACAGCAGCAGCAGUCUACUGCACCCUCUCCAAACGUGAUUGGAUCACAGAAAACUGUAACUACAGCUUCUAUGAUCACCACUAAGACACUACCUCUCGUCUUGAAAGCAGCAACUGCGACCAUGCCUGCCUCUGUUGUGGGUCAGAGACCUACCAUUGCCAUGGUUACUGCUAUCAACAACAAUCAGAAAGCAGUCCUCAGCACUGAUGCGCAGAAUGCACCAGUCAACCUCCAGACAACAAAUAAGGUCACUGGGCCAGGAGCUGAGGCAGUCCAAAUAGUGGCAAAAAACACAGUAACUUUGCAGGUUCAGGCUACGCCUCAGCCCAUAAAAGUGCCGCAGUUCAUCCCUCCUCCCAGACUUACUCCUCGUCCAAAUUUUCUUCCACAGGUUCGACCUAAACCAGUUGCCCAAAAUAACAUUCCUAUUGCCCCAGCACCUCCUCCAAUGCUUGCAGCUCCUCAGCUUAUUCAGAGACCUGUGAUGUUGACAACAAAGUUCACACCCACCUCUUUACCCAACUCUCAGAACUCCAUACAUCCAGUUCGUGUAGUUAAUGGGCAGACAGCAACCAUAGCCAAAACUUUCCCUAUGGCACAGCUCACCAGCAUCGUGAUAGCAGCACCGGGUACCAGGCUCGCUGGACCUCAGACUGUACAGAUCAGCAAACCAAACAUUGAAAAACAGACUAUUAAACCACACGUGGAAGCAGAAGAGAAGCAAACAGAAAGUCGUACAGUUACUCCACCUGCUGCACCGAAGCCAAAACGAGAAGAAAAUCCACAGAAACUUGCCUUCAUGGUGUCUCUGGGACUAGUUACUCAUGACCAUCUGGAAGAAAUCCAAAGUAAGCGACAAGAGAGGAAAAGAAGAACAACAGCAAAUCCAGUGUACAGUGGAGCCGUUUUUGAGCCUGAGCGCAAGAAGAGUGCGGUCACAUACCUGAACAGCACAAUGCAUCCCGGGACACGUAAAAGAGGUCGUCCACCUAAAUACAACACGGUGCUGGGGUUCGGGGCUUUGACCCCCACGUCCCCUCUGUCCAGUUAUCCUGACUCCCCUGAAAAUGAAAAGACAGAGACCACAUUUACUUUUCCCGCAGCUGUUCAGCCUGUGUCCCUGCCUAGCCCCAGCUCCACAGACGGCGAUAUCCAUGAGGAUUUUUGCAGUGUUUGCAGAAAAAGCGGGCAGUUGCUGAUGUGUGACACGUGUUCACGUGUUUAUCACCUGGACUGUCUGGACCCGCCUCUGAAAACCAUUCCCAAGGGCAUGUGGAUCUGUCCCAAAUGUCAAGACCAGAUGCUAAAGAAGGAAGAAGCAAUCCCAUGGCCAGGAACUUUAGCAAUUGUUCAUUCAUAUAUUGCGUAUAAAGCAGCAAAAGAAGAGGAAAAACAGAAACUACUUAAAUGGAGUUCAGAUUUAAAACAGGAAAGAGAACAACUAGAGCAGAAGGUCAAACAGCUCAGCAAUUCUAUAACGAAAUGCAUGGAAAUGAAGAACACCAUCCUUGCAAAACAGAAGGAGAUGCACAGCUCCUUGGAGAAGGUAAAACAGCUGAUCCGCCUCAUCCAAGGCAUCGACCUUUCAAAACCCAUAAACUCUGAGGUCAAUUCAGUAGCCAUCUCCAAUGGCAUGGACUCCACUAACAAUACUAAUGCUGCCACCCUCCACCUUAGCCCCCUCCCCUUCCCAGAGCUGCAUGGUGAACUGUAACAAGGGCGAUGAGACUAAAUAACACAGUGAAGUUAAGAAGGAGCCAAGGGAGGUGGCGGCGAGGAGGAAGAGCAAAAUAAUGAAACUCUAGAAAAGCAAAACCGGAUUUCUUCUGGAAAGUGCAGAAUUCUUUAGUUCUUUGGUUCCAGAGAGAGCGUGAAGAUGCUUGUGCCAGGCGGCACCGGAGUUUGCCAAUUGAUCCUUCUUAUUCUGUGUGUACAUGCAAAGUUUGGAUCAUGUUACAUGAAUAGUGCCAGCUGGGGGUUCUUUGCCAGCACCAUGCCAAGUGAAAUAAUAUAUUUACUCUCUCUAUAUUUUACACCAGUGUGUGCCUGCAGCAGCCUCCACAGCCACUAUAGGUUUGUUUUAUUUUUGUUUGGGGUGAGGAGCAGGGAUGAGGGAGGAGAGCAGGUUUCAAAUCCUUAUUUGCAGAACAGUUUGUUUAGCUAGGGGAAAACAAAAACAAGUCCAAAGAGCCUGUGGGCUUUUCCUGUUUCUAAAUUCUCAGUACUAUUAAAACAAAAAAACAGAAAUAUAAAUUAUCAAAUCCCAGUGCCCAGAAGGGACAAGUCUAUCAAAUAAGCAGUAUUUACUAUUGUUUAGACAGGAGAUGUACAAAAGGAAAGGAGAUGGACUUUUCACUGAGUAACCAGCACAUGUACAGGCUGAGUAUCUACUGUCCCAACAGCUUUGGGUUAAUCCUGUUUCUUCACAUUAAACAACAGACAUGCUUUGCAGAAUUGGUUUGGGUCCUCACACUCAUCCAGAAAGCCUAUGUUGGGAAUGGGAAAAUAGAGGGCCAGAAUCCAGGGUCAGCUUGGAGCAUUGGACGGAGGUGUCCCAAGAGAAAAUGUGCAUCGAUUACUUGAAAAUGAGAUUCCAACCCUUUUCUAUAUUUAUAAACAACAAAGGUAUCCUGAACAAAGUAGCACAUGACCCAGAUGUGUGAACUGAACAGAGAAAUGUCCUUUUCUUUCACUUCCUUUCUCUUCUUUUGGUAACAAGAACUAAAUAAGGAAUAGAAAAGCUGUUUUUCAGGCUGACAGUCUAAUUAAAGAGGUAGAUGGGACCUUGCAUGGUAUAGAUUAGAAGUAAUAGUGUCAGUGAGAUACAGUGAGUCUUUGUGAGUCCUUGUGUCAUCGUUUUGGGCACUGUUUUUUUAUGCAAGGGCAAAAUCUUUGUAUCUGGGGGAAAAAAAAAACAACUUUUUUAAAUUAAAAAGGAAAAUAAAAGAUAUUGAGGUCUUCCUAGUGUUACUUAAAAUAAGAUCAAGGUAAGAAACAUUGUAAAAAAAAAAAAAAAAUUACAAAAGUGCUAUUUGUUUCCUAAACAAGUGAUUUCUAUUAAAAAGGUGUCAGAACUGGAGAAAAUGCUGUGUACUUAGAAUUUUUUAACACAGACUUUGCUUAUUUAUGAUGACAUUCUGCUGUGUUUGUGUUUUAAAAUCCAAUGGGACAGUUUCCAUAGAUUAUACCAUACGUGCUACUGGCUAAACUCUAAAGAGAAUCAAAUCCUACAGUGCUGGAUCUCACCCCACCUGGAGGAUCUGCCAGGCUUGUCUCUGCUGUUACCAUAUCUCCCCCAUUCUUUCAUGUAUUCGUAACCCAGAGAGAAGCAAUUGGCAGCGUGCUUGUUUAAGGCUUUUAUAGUUUUGUGAUACAGACCGAUUAGAGCUUGAGAAUGAAAGUGAGUUGGUUAGACUGAAAUCGCCUUCUGUUACAUCCUCUUGUUUAAGAAGUUCAUCUCUUAUGUAUAAUCUUUUCACUCUAGAUAGCAAAGCUUGCCUUGUGCUUCCUAUUAUUGUGGGGUCUGUCUCAGUUUAGAGUGCUGAUUCUGGUCAUGUAGGGUUGUGUCCCAGAGCUGCCUAGUUUCACUACUGCAUAUAAACUUUUGGGCAAACCCCGUUUCUACUGGAAGUACUGGGAAAACUCCCUUUACUUCCAGUGGGAGCAGAGUUGAGCCACUACACACAACGUGAGGCAGAGUCCCUGGUGCGGUGCCCUUGGGAGCAUGCGUUGGGUGGCGAGGCAGACCUGCUCAGCUGUUUCUAGUGGAAGAUAGAAAAGGUUUGGAUUUCAAGGAUGCAUUUCUGAGCAAGAAGUGAAUACUCCAGACACUACAUAGCCUGAGAGAGUCUCUUUGCUGCUACAGCCAAGUAUGCUUCUGUGGGAUUCUUGGAGCUGUUUGCUUCCCUCUCCUUUAGGUUGCCCUUCUGCCCUUUAAGGACUUUUAUUCCUUCUGUAGGCGUGUGCACUAUUUUCAGCUCUGAGCUCAGAACUGAUAUCCCGAGUUCUCACAUUUUGUCUGUAGUUGGGAAAGUGACUCUUACGUGCACUUCUCAGCUGAACCUGUGAUAACCUCGACUCUGUCUUGUGAUGUUAGAGUUCUGUUCUGGAACUAGCAGAGCUGGAAGGGUAAGUUAGCACAAGUGGCAAGGAGACAGCUGGGCAGACGAUGUCAAAACUGGUCAAACUAAAAAUGUCCUUGCAUCAACCCAGUUACCAGUGGGGAUCAUUACCAUAGGGCAGCACUGUGCCAGCAACCCAUAGCACUUAAACAAAGGACUACAUAUGUCAAGGGAUGAAGAGAAAAAACAAACUGAACAUGAGCCUUCUUUCUUUAGAAUAUGAGCCAGCAGCUAACGGCCAGAUACUCAGGAGAAACUGCCUUUUUGGCCAGGUUGUUCUGUAGUUGGCCACUUGGGUAAUUCUUAACAUCAUCUUCUGAAGCAUCGAGUACAUUCCUGGUAAGAGACAGUCUCUAGGGAUAGGUGCGCUGAGUCUUCAUGGUUCUCAUGUUCUUAUUUCUGCUGUUAUCUUCUGAGCUCUCUUGGAAGCACUGCACUAUUUGGGGGUAGCAAGCUAUGCCUGAAGACUCAAUAGUCCUUCUGUUUUCUUUGCCAAUUCAGGAGGGGAUGGAAGUGAAAUUCACUGGUAGCCGUAUUUAAAUUUGAGUGCAGUUAACCAGCCAGGAGAUGUUAAAACAGCUAUUACUGCUUUUCUGAGGCAUCUGCUUGUCUCCAGAAUCCGAGUAGAUAAGUAUAGACUUUUAUGUCCCUUUUGUUACAGCAUUUGUAUUCCAGACUGUAAAAGGACGCCUUUAGUUAAUCAUUACCUGGCAGAGAAAUGAUCUUAACUUAGACUUUUCGAUGCUGCUAGGUAGUUUUGUCUCUCUCUCGCUGAUCCCGUUUGGAUGCUUUCCCUCCUGGCUCUGCAGCAGUAUCAGUCAAUAAGCAAGGAGCAUUCCCAGGGCUGCACUGACACUGGCAAUGAUGCUGCUACGUAGACACAAGUAAAUUGGGGUUAUCUCUGCCCAAUUAGCAACAAUAGGGUGGAAGGGGAAUUGGCAUUUGCUAAACACAGAGGAAAAUGUUGUUUUUCUAGCUGCUCUAAGAGUUUCCAAUCAAGGGAGAAAUUUAAACUCUGACAGCUUAGAAGCUCAAGGUUGUCUUCUGGGUUUGGAUUGGUUUGGGGUUUUUCUCAUGUAAUAUUUGAGAGAGGAUGAGUUUGUACUAAAACUUCUGCUCUUUGGGAAGCUGUCAUAAUGACUGGCGUUUUGUAUUUCCAAACCACCAUCAAGAUAUUAACUAAUUCUUAUGUCAUUGCUUGUCAUUGAUGGGAAAUAAGUGGCUUUUAAAUCUCAGUUAUGAAGGAGGAGAUGAGACCACAGAGGAGGCUCACAUCAGAGACGGCCCUGGCUCUCAGCCCAGUGCUAAGGGCUUUAAGAAGUCACCCUGCUUCUUUGCUCAGAAACAGAGUAAGCAUUGCAGAAGUAGUUUUUUUCCUUCCUCCUUGCAAUCUGUUCUUUAAACAGCUGGAAAGGUGUGUUGUGGUCAGAGUGGGAAAGUGAGAGUGUGACCUGACUAGAAGAAUUAGUAUUAUCAUUAGUAUUCUCAUUAUCUUCGUUUAGAGCCAGCGGUGGUUUUAGUGCUGUACAAAACGCAGUAAAGGCAAUACUUCUAGGGAGGAUUGGCAAGUAGGGUGAGUAGCAUGGAUGAUUCUUUGAGGACAUCAUUAGCCAGGAGUUACCAUGUUGGUAGGAUGAACUAAUGGUUUGCAUGAGCAAAACAAGGACUUUGUUCUUUGUUGCAAGCAAGUUUCUGUUGGUGGGGAUAUGAAUUAAAAGCCGCUAACCUAGAAAUUAAAGAGGUGAUAAUUUUAAGGGCAGAUCUGUUAGUUUUGUGGUUGGUAGGAAGAACAAUAUUAUAUUUUAUCCUUCCUAGCUGACCAGGCUUAAGAGAGCAAAUGUGUAUUCCAGCUGUCUGGAAAUGUGAACCCUAAUUCUGACCUCCUUGGCUUCAAAUCAUCUUCUUCCCUGUACUGUUGCAGAGACAGCCCUGAAAAGCAGCAUGAUCAGCAUUCAGGAGGACCCAGAGUGAAAUCUCCCUCUUAGCCCCACCAAGCUGUAGCAGCCCACAAUACAGGGAGUAAACUCUGAAAUUUCCUUCCCGUGUGGAUACAGUGGAAAAUAUUUGUGAAUUUGCAGUGCACAUGCUUCUCUGGCUUUUUUUCCCCAGCUGGGUUGCACCCUGCCCUCUUUGCUUGUGAAGCACUAAUGAUGAAUACAUGUUUUUUAAUGAAACAUGUUUUUAAAAUACCAAUUCUGAUGUCAAACCACAGUUCACUCUUUUACUGAGGGCCUCUCUCAGUGAGCUGCUCAGAUAACCACUGAAACACCGAUAUUACACUUCCUUGUGCACCAUGCCCCUUUGGGCAGAAUUUGUUGUGUCUUUUCAGAACUGUUUUGACCUUGCUUCACCUCCAUUUGUCCUCCCUUGGGAAUUCUGAAGAUCCAGAGCAAGUUCAACCUUGCUGGGUUACUGCAGACAGUUUUCUGACAAGUGUGUAGAAGAAGAGUCAGGAACCUGGAGAAAGAGGAAGAUGUUUUGUCGUGCAGCUAAUUCAUUUGGCGUUUAGGCUUGCCUGGCCAACAAACUACCUCAGCAAAGGCCAUUCCCAAGCACUAUGUGGAUUUUGUAGUUUCUGGCAUUCAGAAGGCAAAAGGUCUCCGAAGAACCCUUCCAACAGCCAGCUAGGUACUGGUCUCUGAGGGGAUGCGAGCGAGCCUCGCAGCGACACACUGUUGGAUCCUUUUUUUCAGUGGUCAGACCUGGACCAGGGAAUGCCCUAAAAACCAGGUGGGAUCAGGAAAACACAAGAGCUGCAGACAUCUUGUCUCCAGGUUAUUGCCGUCUUACUCAGAUCCUUCUUUAAGCCUCAGUCCUGUUUGUAACACCUACAGAAUGGAAUGUAAUACUUGAAAAAUAUGACUCUCUAUAUCCUUUACCUUUAGCUCCCAUUUCCCCCAUGUUUAUCUUUUAUCUGGGACAAGAACUUUCUGCAUCAUUGUGUCUUGUAUAGGCUGAGCACAUAGUUGAAACUUGCCAAUAAAGAAAAUUAUUUA